GUCAAAGGAGGAUUCCGUUAUCUUGAGCCAUGGCGUGCUGCCUAUCGGAAGAGGCGAAGGAACAGAAACGUAUCAACCAGGAGAUCGAACGGCAAUUGCGGAGGGACAAGCGGGAUGCCAGGCGGGAACUCAAGCUGCUGUUACUCGGUACCGGCGAGUCAGGCAAGUCCACCUUCAUCAAGCAGAUGAGGAUCAUCCACGGUUCGGGCUACUCGGACGAGGAUAAGAGAGGCUUCAUCAAACUCGUCUACCAAAACAUCUUCAUGGCGAUGCAGUCCAUGAUUCGGGCGAUGGAUCUCCUGAAGAUUCAGUACGGUGAUUCCUCGAACAUAGAAAAGGCGGAACUCGUGCGGAGCGUAGACUUUGAAACGGUCACGACGUUCGAGAGUCCGUACGUGGAGGCGAUCAAACACCUGUGGGCCGACGCCGGUAUACAAGAGUGCUACGAUCGCAGACGGGAAUACCAGCUGACGGAUUCCGCCAAGUAUUAUCUUAGUGACCUAGAACGUAUCGAAAAGCCCGAUUUCCUCCCGACCGAGCAAGACAUCCUAAGGGCACGAGCUCCUACCACUGGCAUUAUAGAAUAUCCGUUUGAUCUGGACUCCAUCAUUUUUAGGAUGGUAGACGUCGGUGGACAGAGAUCGGAAAGAAGAAAAUGGAUCCAUUGUUUCGAGAACGUCACUUCAAUUAUAUUUUUAGUAGCUCUAAGUGAAUAUGAUCAAAUUCUAUUUGAAUCGGAAAACGAGAAUCGAAUGGAGGAGAGUAAAGCACUUUUCAAAACGAUCAUAACAUAUCCCUGGUUUCAACAUUCUUCCGUUAUCCUAUUUCUCAACAAAAAGGACCUGCUGGAAGAAAAGAUCAUGUAUUCCCAUCUUGUCGACUAUUUCCCGGAGUACGAUGGUCCGCAGAGAGACGCCAUAGCAGCUAGAGAAUUCAUUCUAAGGAUGUUUGUUGACUUGAAUCCAGACAGUGAGAAGAUUAUCUAUUCCCACUUUACGUGUGCCACAGAUACGGAAAACAUCAGAUUUGUGUUCGCGGCUGUGAAGGACACUAUCCUGCAGUCGAAUUUGAAGGAGUACAACCUGGUUUAGACGACGAAACGUGCUGCGAAUUCAGACGGACUCUCGACCAGUUUCUCUCGCACCCUGACCAAUGCAUCAGUGUGAGACUGCAAUUCCGUUGACUCGCGAGCGCGACCCGAGGAACGAAAACAUGGGAAAACGGUGGAGAAGCGCGAGUUGCGGAAACGACAGUUGCGCGAUUCUCGUGGUGCCAUCGUAAACGCCAUGUACACACGGCGCAAGCCAUCCACCGAGCGUUGUACAGUUCCGAAGCGUGGAACUUUUGUCGCGUGAUUGCAGCAUCAGCGGCAUCAGCAGCGUGACCAUCGCAUAGUCAGACAGACGCGUAUAGAUGCACACAAUUACACGGCGGACGAUAUAGAAGCACAAUGACGCGCGGUGAAGGAGCGAGCGAGGAUCCAAGAGCGUCACGAGCGUGUCACAUGCGAGAAGAGGGAAACGUGACUCUCUUCACCGUCGAUACCAACUCGCGCGAGUCGACUCGGUUCUCUCGUACAUCGGUUCCCGUCUCGGGAUUUGUUACCUUUCUUUUGUAGUUCUUAGUCGAUACAUUGCGCGCGUACGCACUUUCCUCCCCCACUCGUGGAUGCGUCAUGGAUACCGUGGGGGGAAGGAGCUCCGGACUUUGCCUCUUUUAUAUAUAUAUAUAUAUAUAUACACGUAUAUAAACAAAAAUUAUAUAUAUAUAAAUAUAUAUAAACAGACGACGCGAGAGAGCGAAGCACACGUGUCUCACGCGUGCGAGCGUGAUGCAUGGCACGGCUGUGCCGCGUGCAUUUUUAACGGCGCGCCCGUCCGUGUUCGUCUCAAGUCCAAAAGAUCUCAACAGAGGUGAAGAAAACUGAAGAGGCGAAACGGCGUGGCGAGCGAACGAAAGAAACGCUUUUUAAUCACAAAUUAGAUUCGGUGACACAAGUGAGAGCAAUUCUAGUGCCAUUUACUAGUGUGGUGUUGUUUUUUCCUUUUCUUUUCUAUAUUCUUUUCUUUUUUUAUUUUAACAUACUAAACGCUAAAUCACGAAAACUUCCUUCCUUUAGAGUUACGCGAAAGCCAAAGUUUUUUUUGUUUCUUCCUUUUUAUCCAUGCCAGAAGUGACUCAAAGUUCUUUCUGCAUGUGACUUGAAUGCAUUAAAGAAUUCAUCGUAUAAAUAUUGUUAUAUAUAAUAUAAGGAAUGAAACAUAGAUUGUAGAGCGCGCGCGCGCGCGCGCGCGAGAGAGAGAGAGAGAGAGAGAGAGAGAAAGCGAAAGCGAGAGUGUAUGCACGAGUACGUAUGAAGGGUAACAGCGACAGUAAUAGAGGAAAAUCAGAGAGAGGAUGAGAUAUGUGUUGCGUGCAAACAAUGUGUGAACAAACGAGUGUAUUAGUGCUGAGGAAGAGAUAAGCUUUGUGUUUACGGAAGCGAAAAAUAUUAUGGGAAGCUGCAUUUGUUUGAUGUGACUUAGGUAAUUAAGGGGCGGGAGGAGCCCGCAGAUAUCUCUCUCUGCCGUCUCCUCUCUCUCUCUGCCGGCUGUGCGUGCAGGUCGCGCGAGGGCAACUAUACUCUCGAACUCGAAGCGAGCGAAUCCCUUCGAGAGAAGAAAGGAGUGCCGACUCGCAAAGAAUUUCUCGAGAAUCGAGAAGUUUUGGACAGACUGGUGAAGAAUAAAUUAUUCUUGGGAAUGAAGAAGAACUCGACUCGUGCGGAGACAAGUUCUUUCCCAGGAACGAGACUAUCUUGAUUCGCGAGGACGAGUCUUCGAGAAUGAGCAAAUUUUUCACGGAUAAACCUCUUGUUCCGCAUUAGGGCGAGGGUCUUCUGAGGGGGAGGGGGGGGAAAGAUGAACAAAGAUGCGUUCUCGUCGUGGUUCUCCGUUCGUCGGACUCUCGUUAGUCCGCACAGCGGCACAGCCAUCGCGCGCAGCCAGGGUCAUGGGUCUUUUUUCCCACUAGAGAGGGGAAGGGGACUUUAUGUCCCUCGCUUGCUUCGUAUCCACAUUUUACAGUGUACGUAUGUAUGAACUGCUCACUGCCUGCGCUCGCUCAUAUACUGGCUAGCGCGCUGCCCGCUGCUCGUACUCUCCGGCAGUUUCAUCGCUCUUUAUGGUUUCCGCCGACGAUGCGCGUAGAAACAAAGUCAAGUCUCGAGUGUUUGAAAUUGAGAAAGGAUGGGCUCUGAUAAAUCACCGCAAUAAAGUAGAGAGCGCGAGGAGGCAGAAAAAGCACACGGUAUUCUCUGCUUGAAAUCAACAUCCACAGAUAGAAGGUCCCGUUUUCGUGUUAUCUAUGGAAGCCGUAGACGAAACCAACGAUAACUGAUAUAAACGUGAGGCUUUGCGGUCAUGCGUACGCCGUCGGCCGGAGAGAGGCUGGGAGGGACGAAGGAACCUUGCACUCUUACGUGAUCGACGACGCGCGAGAACUUUUCGACGAGAAUCGGGCCUUGCCGAUUUGCUUCCGAGAUGGAUAACGGCGGUUACCGCGCAUGCGUGCGCGCGCAAACUCGGAGAGUACGUCGCGCGAACAAAGACGAUCCUCUCUAAAGUCGCGGUGUCGCUCGAGUCCGAAAGGAUCUCGCACUAGGGAGCCACCAUGCGCGUACGGCAGCCCCGAGAGUCCCCGGACCUCACCGGCGCCGCGCACGCACACAUUCACACAUCGGACAGCAUGUGUCACACACACCUUGGUUGGAACAUUGAGUUUAUAUGAAAGGAAAAA